AUGGCGUGGCGAGCGCUCAGGCGGGUCGGGCCGGUUCUGGCGCCGCGCUGCCCGCGCCUCUCGCUGCUGCCGCCGCCGCCGCUGCCGCUGCGGGUGCCCGCGGCUCGGCCGUUGGCCACCAGCUCGCUAGUGCUGUCCGCCCGCAAAUUCACAGACAAGCAUGAAUGGAUAUCAGUUGAAAAUGGCAUUGGAACAGUAGGAAUCAGCAAUUUUGCACAGGAAACACUAGGAGACGUUGUUUACUGUAGUCUUCCAGAAGUUGGGACAAAACUGAACAAACAUGAUGAGUUUGGAGCUUUGGAAAGCGUGAAAGCUGCUAGUGAACUCUACUCUCCUCUCUCGGGAGAAGUGACUGAGAUUAAUGCUGCCCUUGCAGAUAAUCCAGGGCUUGUCAAUAAAUCUUGUUAUCAAGAUGGUUGGCUUAUCAAGAUGACUGUGGAAAACCCUGCUGAACUUGAUGAACUGAUGAAUGAAGAUGCUUAUGAGAAAUACGUAAAAUCCAUUGAGGACUGAGCUGGAAUAAUGAAAUAAAUCCCUAUAAAAUA